GGGGUUACUUAUGGGGAUGCGCGCUGUGCCAAGUUGCAGUUCCUACCCAACAUUCCACAUCAGUGUUUUCCGUCUUAAUCAUCAAUGAUGUCGAGACAGGGCGUAGCUGCUCUCCUUCUGGUUUUCUUUCCCGUCGCCUUGUCAAAGACUUGCACUGUCUGCAUGACAGAGUAUGCCGGAGACAAGACUAAUGCGGGUACAAACAACACUCAAAAAUGCACUGCCCUCAGCACCUACCUGACUUGUCUCGAGACCUCUGCUAAAGGUGAAGCUGGGUGUCCACUAACAGGUGCUGACGCAGGCGCCAUCGAGACUGAUUACACAGGCGCCGCUUGCUCGGAAACGUUCACUGAAACCUGUGUUUGUCAGAAGACCUUCUGGGGGACUGUCCAGGCAGAUGAAACUGCUACCUGCACGGAAGCCAGGAAGUACCUGACUUGUCUGAAGGGGAAGACUACUAUGACUUGUGACGGCACUUCCUCUGUUGCUACUCUGACUGCUGGUGUGGAGACAAGGAUGAAGGCACUCACUGGAUGCACUGUCAGUCCCGCCUGCCAGUGUCAGAUUAACGCCAUGAAGGCUGACAUGUCAACAGACGCCAAGAAAUGCACCGCCUACAAGACCCAGUAUGCCUGCCUGUAUGGGUUGAGUACCGGGGGCACGUGUGAUACAGGGACGACUCUCACCGCUCUGAAGACUGCCGCUGCAGCUUCUGUCACUGGUGCAACAUCAUGCACGUUCGAUGACACAUGUGCAUGUCAGAGAAGCUACGACGCGGCCGCCAAGGACAACGCUGCAGCACAAUGCACUGCCUACAAGGCCGAACUGAACUGUCUCGGGGCAGCAAAGACAUCUGCUGGCUGCGACGGAUCAACUACUAAAAGCGCUAUUGCCACUACAGCCGAGACUGAACGCGCAAAAUUGACGACUGCCUCAGCCGCUACCUGCCCAGCUCCGACCAGUACUUGCCAGUGCGAGAUUACCACGGCCAAAGCAGACAACAGCGACAAUACCAAAUACUGCACCGUCCUAAAGACCAUGGAAACCUGCCUGUCCGCCAUCACUAACACCACCGAGGCCGGAUGCACCAGCACCACCCAGGCCACCCUGCUCACCAGCACAAGGGCAAUGUACAAGACAGAAAAAUGUGCUGCAGACCACGUGACUUUUGUGAUGACGUCACUGCUGGUCUCCCUGUUGGCCAGCAUGUUUCUGUAAAAGCCUCAACCGGUCGUGCAUGAAGUCGACAAUUUCUCUUUUUUGUCUCUUCUUCAGAAUUACUUAAAAUGUCAUAACAACGAGCAUCUAUCAUAUAUCCAUAUCUCUAAGAUACUUAAAGAUGAAUUUUUCUAAGCUUUUUUAAUCGCAUGACAAAUCGGGUUGACUCAUGCAAACAUUGUACACCUAUUGAUAUUAUUACAUUACAUUACAUGAUGUGGCUGAAGCUUAUGACGUGACCAGCGCUAUGUAGCUUGUCACUGACCGCAGAAAACUGACCACAUAAAUAGAAUCUUACGCGCAAACGUUGUAAACUAAUAUUCCAAACUCCAAUUAAAAGACAGAUCGACUAAUGCUCAGUUAACAUAAACUUUAUUUAGAUUCGUUUAAUAUCUCAAUGGCUUACUGUAUACCUCAAUAUAACAGCAAGACAAUGAAACCAAUGGAAUAUUGUUGUUGUUUCUUAUUUCGUGCCUGCCUGUAAGGCCUUACACCUUUAGAACAUGACAUUCACAGCUACAAUAUACUGAAACACUAGAACAUACUUACAAUGAUACAAUUAUCCUUCGGAUUUCAUUCAUUUUAGUAUUGUACAUUAUUUGACAAGAAUUUCUGAGUUGUAUGUUUGUCCUCAGUCACGUGAAGAUGUUGGGACGCCAUCCCAGAGAACAAAACGGCUGCGAUGCACGACGUUAAUACCCGUCGUCGUUGCUUAUCAACGUUUUCUCAGCAUGUAAAACUCGAUGACAUCGGUAUAUCUAUAAAACUGUCUUGAUGUUUGUAUAUUUCAACCCACGUGGUCCGUGCCCUGAUGACGUGUUGAGUUACUGAUUGUAAAUGUCAGUUGUUCCACUGAAAUAAACGGUACUGAUCGCGAAAA